AGAGAGAGACAGAGACCAAGAGACAUCAGUGAUGAGAGAGAAUCAUUGAUCGGCUGCCUCCUGCAUGUUCCCCACUGGGAACGGAGCCCAAAACCCAGGCAUGUGCCCUGACCGGGGAUCAAACUGUGAUGUCCUGGUUCAUAGCUCGAUGCUCAACCACUGAGCCACACUGGCUCCUUGACCUUUUCUGACAUUCUGCAAGGUGCCAGUUCAUUGAAUCCUACUCCUUAUUCUGCUAUCCCUAUCAUUCAAUGACCUAUUACUUCAUCUCAUUGCCUCACCCAGUUAAGAAUUCUCAGCCAGCUCUGGCUGGGUGGCUCAGUUGGUUGGAGCGUCACCCCCGUGCACCAAAAGGUUGCAAAUUUGAUUCCCAGUCAGGGUAUAUACCUAGGUGGCAAGUUUGAUCCCCAGUUGGGGGCAUGGAUGGAUGGUUAGGCAAACAAUUGAUGUUUCUCUGUCACAUCGAUGUUUCUCUCUCUCUCUUCCUCUCUCUAAACAUAUCCUUGAGUGAGAAUUAAAAAAAGAGAACUCCCACAGCAUAGGACCUUUGAGAGAUCUCUCCUGCCAUUCUUCCCAGGAAUUUGUAAGUGAACACUAUUUUUAGUUACUUCCUAUGCAAUAAUUUUCCUUUGUAGAUUAACCAGUGGAUACGCAUUUGUUAAAACCACUGUCAGAGGUCAUAGAAGUAACAGGAAAUAGGUUCUGUUUUAAGUACAUUAGUAGAAAGUACACAUUCUCAGUCACAUUGCCCAGGAGCUUUCAGAGCAGAGCAGAGAUGUGGUCUGUUCUCAGUGCAUAGGCUGUUGUGGAGCGCGUUGGAUGGUAGAAGCAACUACCUGAGGAAGAUGUUAGAAAAGCUAGCUUUGGCCCAAACAGAAUUGAAGACGUAAUGAAAGACUGUGGGAGAUGGUUGCUGAGCAGGAAAGGAUCCUGGGACAGGACGAACAGGGACACAGACUUUUCUAACUUCUGAUUUAUCAAGUCCAAAGUUCCCUUUUCCUUUAUUUAAAAUGAACAUGAGGUGUGUGUGAGACGGGGGAGUUGAGAGAGAGCUAGGAUGGAAGGCCAGCACAGGCCUUUAGGGAAGACUGUUUCCUGUCUGGGCGCCUGGCAUGCAAGAUCUUUUGAGUUAGAAGGCAGGAUGGUAGGUUCACUCUCUAUUCCUUCCAUGUCUUGGUGCCCUGACAUUGAGGCCAGCAUCACAUAAUAGCAGUUAUUUUUUGAGCAACUACUAUGGUUCAGGCAAUGUAUGUGCCUUCAUUUAAUCCUCACAGCAAUCCUGUGAGGUAAUAUUAUCCUUCCCAAUUUUCAAAUGAGGAAACAAAGGCUGAGAACAAAUAAAGCCACUUUUGGUCCAUGGCAGUGACACUACAGUGCCCCUCCUCUUCACUCCUAAAGAAAAUGUCAUAUUUUGAUUCUAGUAUUAAUUAUUUUCCUGUUUGCCUUCUAAUGAAAAUUAGUUUAUCAAUUGUGUCCCAUUAGCCUUACUCUCACUAGUCCUCUCAUUAAAUAGAAAUUUAUUGGAGGUAGAGUUCUAUAAAUAGGGGAUAGUAUGUUAUCUCUUGCCUAAAGAUAAGAAAAGAGAAAGGGUGAUUCUACAAAGUGAAUUAUUUAGCUUAAAAUUGAGCAAUCUACUAGAACAUGGGUCAGUGGCAAAUUAUUGGAGGGGGGUGUGGAAUAAGCAGGACCAGGAACAAUAGGCUUUUUGUUAGCCAAUGGGGAGUCAAGAGGAAACAGCAACUCCCCAGUGUCCCCUCCCCACCCCCCACUGUUUUUGGUACAGGCUGCUGAUUUGUCUUAUUACUCCAGUGGUCCUGUGGGAGGGCAUUGUUGAGACAGUGAAGAGAUAGUCAUUGGAGAGUAUCACAUCAACCUGAGUCUGAACCCCUGCUUCUGAUAAAAGUUAACCUCUCUGAGAUCUAGUUUCCUUGUCCAUAAAACGGGGAAAAAAAUCUUACAGGCUUCUCAGAGUUAAGAUAAUGUGUAUAAAGGCAUAGUAUCAAUCACAUAGAGGAUGGUGAGGAAGUGACAGUAGUUGCUAUUAAACAAGGUGCUAGUUUUGUAUGUCAUAAGUAGUGUUACAGUGUGAGGUGGAAAAGCCAGAGCGAGAGGUGGGGUGCAGAUGCAGGAAGACACAGUUCUUAGAGGAGCAAGCCCUCCACCUUAGCUCCAUCAACCACCAGCCUUCCAUAGCACCUUUGAACCCUGGGCAAUUAGAGCUCUCCUUGGGGUCUUGGUGGGCUUUUUGCUUCUUCCAAGAUGGGAAGGCCCUGGACUGCAAGUAUUGUGGACUCAUGGAGAUCUAGGAAGCUCCAUGAACUUCACAAGUGGUUGCCAUAAACUGGGAAAGAAAAGGGGACUUCUUUGUGUUAGGCUUUAUGAUUUUUCCCUUUCAUCCUUCCACUAGCCCUCUAGCACAGCGGUUCUCAACCUGUGGGUCGCGACCCCUUUGACGGUCGAACGACCCUUUCACAGGGGUCGCCUAAGACCAUCCUGCAUAUCAGAUAUUUACAUUAUGAUUCAUAACAGUAGCAACAUUACAGUUAUGAAGUAGCAACGAAAAUAAUUUUAUGGUUGGGUCACAACAUGAGGAACUGUAGUUAAAGGGCCAGGAGGUUGAGAACCACUGCUCUAACAGAAUCAGUGCCUUACCCGUUUCUCCUGGGUACUCACCAUUCUAGUACAUACCCACAUGGUCCUAUUGCAAGAACCUGUGACUGCCAUAGCACUUCUCUAGGCUUGUGUGGCACAGGCUCUGAUUCCCUCUCGGUUUCAAAGGCCCUGGACUGUUGAGGUUGUGACAAGUAAUUAGGGCCCUGAAGCAGCCCUCAGCCAGUGAAAGAUGGAAGUUGGAGGAUAAAUACCACAGCUUCCUCGCCUCUCAGGUGGGUUCAUUUUAAACAGUUCUAUAGGGCUUAGCUCCCAGCAGCAACUUGAUUACAUACUCUCAUUGGCUUCCUUCCCUUCCUACCUCACUGCUCACUCCCCUUUCAGUGCUUACUGGAUCAGGGCUGGGACCAGGGUGAGGGGUACUCACUCUUGGGUUCAUGUAAGGGCGGGGUUGACACGUCCGUGAACUUUGAGGGCCUUUUUACAUUUUGUAGCAGGGCGCCUCACAUGCAUCAUUCUAAUCCCAGCCCUGGCCUGGAUCGCUUUCCAAUGAAACUAUUUACACUCAAAUUUGAUCUAAUUCUGGGGAACCCAAACUAAGGCAAAUCCUAUGUAGAAAUUAGUCUCCAUCUUUUACAUGUGGACAAACAGGCUCAGAGAAGUGAAGAAACUAAGGUCCUACAGCUAGUAAAUGGGAUGGUAUUUGAACUCAGAUCUGUCUGACAGCAGAGCCCAUGCUCUGUACUUCACUAUACUACCUCCCACCUCUCCCUUGAGUGACAAAAUCUCAGUGGAGAUUUCAGGUUUGGAUGGGCUCUUUCUCGCUGGGGAGGGCAGUCUUGGCCCUAAAUUGACUUAGCAGGGUGAAGGGAAGGUGGGUAGUACUAAGGGGAUAGAAGCAUCAGUGGGAAGAUGGAGGCAUGUGUUAACCUAGUGGAAAGGCUGAAGCCAUAUGCACUAGGAAGGCAGGAAGAGGUUACUGAUUUCCUCUCAGUUUCAAAAGCCCUGGACUACUGAGGUUGUGGGCGGGCUCUUCAAUUUAACAAAAAUAACAUCCUAUUCCUUGUCAGGCCUAGAAAUGGGCUCUGGAGUUCUAAAGAUGAGUAGGAAGCGUGUGCUUGGAGUCCACAGUUAUCAAUGCAAAGAUGGGAGAAAAUACCUGACACUAUGGGACCCAUAGGCCACACCCAGCUGGGGUUAGGGCCGGGAGGAAUUACCCAGGAAGGCUCCCCAAGCCUUGGUGAUGACUGGGGUAUAAUUUAAAGGUGGAAAGGCUGGAAAGGGCAAAGAAGGAGUCAUUCCAGACAGAUCCGCAUGAACAAAGACCUAACUGUAAAGCAGCUUGAUGGGUAGAAGAGAACUGCAAGGCAUAGCCUAGUGAAGGGGCAUGGAGGGAACUGUGGAGAGCUUAUCGAGGGCCUGUUUGCCUUGUUGCGGGGCACUGUCUGCUGUGAGAAGCAAGCCUGGGAGCAACUCAGAGCAGGGAGGAUCUGGUUCCUACGUAGCCCAGCAGAACUCUGGCUGUGCCCCACCUUUCCUCCUGCUGACCUCUCCCCAUUUCUCAGUUCCUUCUGGACAGCUCAAAUUUGAUCUAAUUCUGGGGAACCCAAACUAAGGCAAAUCAUACCUAUGCAGAAAUUAGUCAGGAUUUGUCCUUCCCCUUUUGGUCAGAGGUCAUCUGGUGUCCGAGGAGAGCUGCUGGCUACUACUGUGCCUAGGCUACCGCAAGGCCUGUCAACUGUUCACAGACCUUAAGUCCAGGUUGCCUCCUCCCUCCAAAGGCCCUGACACUCAGCCUGGGGUUCUGGGACCUCUGCUCCUGGGGAGAUGGACACACAUUUCCAGAAACAGACGAGGAGCUCUGGCGCUCUGGCUCAGGAGACUGCAGACUGGCUGCCAGCAUGAAUCACAGCUGGGCCUUUCACACUCAGUUCCAUAUUCUCAUCUCUUAACCGAACAAGGUUGAGAGAGACUGGAAAUCCAGGUUAGGCAGGACACUACGUCAUGGGUGACUGUCCUGUUCACUCCCAUCUCGAGCUCCCUGCCUGUCAGGGCCUAUAUGCUGUACUGGUACCCAGAGAACUGUGCAGCAGGGCUGAUGUCGGGUGUUCCCAGGCCCAGUCAAUGCCAAAACGAAUCCAAGAGCUACUGUCCCGGUCCUUCAUCAUCCUGGUGGAGGUCAUGUACUGUGUGGAUAAUGGUAGGGUUACUGCUGAUGAGGUGACCUAAAGCUUUAACGUAUCUGCUCACCAGUUUCCCUGAAAUGAAAAUUGGUGCAGUAUGUUGUCUCCUACCAUGGUGGGUAUCUUGGUGCAUGUGGGCUGCUAUAACAAAAUGCCACUGUCUGCGUAGCUUAUAAACAAUAGAAGUGUAUUACAAUUCUGGAGCCUGGAAGGCUGAGAUCAGGGAGCGAGUGUGGUCAGGUGAGGGUCCUCUUCUGGUUGCAGAUUUCUGGUGUCCUCCACAUGGUGGAAGGAGUGAGGGAUCUUCUGGAGCCUCUCUUAGGAGGAGACUGAUCCCAUUCAUGAGGGCUUCAUCCUCAUGACCUAAUCAUUUUCCAAAGGCCCCACCUAAUACCAUCACCUUGGGCAUUAGGUUUUCAACAUGAAUUUUUGGAGGAACACACAUUUCAUACCAUAGCAGUGAGCACAGUGAUGCUUCAAGGUUCUGUGCAUUCAAGAAGACUAGUUCAGCCGGCUGGCGUGGCUCAGUGGUUGAGCGUCAACCUAUGAACCAGGAGGUCAGAGUUUGAUUCCCGGUCAGGGCACAGUCCUGGGUUGUGGGCUCAAUCCCCGGUGUGUCGCUUGCAGGAGGCAGCCGAUCAAUGAUUCUCUCUCAUCAUUGAUGUUUCUCCCUCCCUCUCUGAAAUCAAUAAAAAUAUAUUAAGAAAAAAAAAAAGACUAGUACAGGGGAAAACCAACUUGGUGGCCAACAGAUUGACUACAGCCUGAGACUCCCCUCCCCUUUCAGUAGAGAAGAUCUAUGUUGUGAACCUACUGUCCCCCUUGGCCUACAGACUAACAGCUAGAUUCCAGUCUAGCUCCACCGCUCCACCACGCAGUCCCAUCUCCAUGCAUCCUCUUCAGAACCUUGGAGCUAUACUCCAUUCCAUGAAGACGUCUGAUUCUCCAUCAUGUUGUACAUGCUCCUCUCUUUUCCAAGGACCACCUGUCAGAAUACUACCAUUCCUUCAAGGCUCAGCUUCCUCAGCUUGCCCUGCCCACUCCAAGGCAAGUCUCUUCUGUGCUCACAUGACCUCUCACUCACUAGUAUUUCCACAUUUUGCCAAAUUGUCCAUUGGAUUGCAUAUUUCCCAGACUAGGCCUCUCCAUUUUCUUUCCAGGGGUGAGCCACCACCUCAGAGCUCAGACUCUGAGUUUUUGUAAAAUGGACAGAACUCCCAUCCUUGCAGAGAGCAUGUCCUAGAGCCCUUGACCCAUUUUACCUCUCCAACUUCCUGUGGUCAUCUUGCUUAAGUUUGCACCAUGGCCUUGCCUCGCCUCGGCUCCUCUUAGGGCAGACUCAAAAGGAAGUGACUUAGCUGUUGUCUAAUAAAAGGGCGGGGCUUGGGGACAUUAUCAGGUCACUUGCGCGUUUCACUUUGGGUGCAAACCAGGCCCGUGGGAUGUCUCAUAUUGAGGGACAAGCGCCCAGGCCUGAGGAGACUGACCAACUGCUGUUUUCCCCAGGUGGCCACCCCCAAUUGUGGAACCACAUGGACUCCAUUGGGCCUGUAGGGUUGUGGCAAAAGGAAGGAGCCCCCGGUUGCCCCCAGGAGGGCUUGCCCUGCUCUCCGGACAGCUCUGAGCUGGCGCAGGAAUGCCUGAAUCAAUUCAAGGUGACGAGCACACAGUUGCGGCAGAUCCAAGCCAGCCUCCUGCGCUCCAUGGAGCAGGCACUGACGGGCCAGGCCAGCCCUGCCCCUGCUGUCCGGAUGCUGCCCACAUAUGUGGGGUCCAUCCCACAUGGCACUGAGCAAGGAGACUUCGUGGUGCUGGAGCUGGGAGCCACGGGGGCUUCACUGCGUGUUCUGUGGGUGACCCUGACGGGCACUGAGGGGCACCAGAUUGAGCCCCGGAGCCAGGAGUUUUUGAUCCCUCAAGAGGUGAUGCUGGGUCCUGGUCAGCAGCUCUUCGACUUUGCGGCUCGCUGCCUGUCUGAAUUCCUGGAUGCGCACCCUGUGGACAGACAAGGCCUGCAGCUUGGGUUCAACUUCUCCUUCCCUUGUCACCAGACGGGCCUGGACAAGAGUACCCUCAUUUCCUGGACCAAAGGUUUUAGGUGCAGUGGUGUGGAAGGCCAGGAUGUGGUCCAGUUGCUUCGAGAUGCCAUUGAGCGGCAGGGGGCCUGCAGCAUCGAUGUGGUUGCCGUGGUGAACGACACGGUGGGCACCAUGAUGGGCUGCGAGCUGGGGACUGCACCCUGUGAGGUUGGGCUUGUUGUAGACACUGGCACCAACGCGUGUUACAUGGAGGAGGCGCGGCACGUGGCGGUGCUGGAUGAGGACCGCGGCCGCGUCUGCGUCAGCAUCGAGUGGGGCUCCUUUGGUGAUGAUGGGGCCCUGGGGUCAGUGCUGACCACAUUCGACCGCAUCCUGGACCAGGAGUCCCUGAAUCCCGGUGCCCAGAGGUUUGAGAAGAUGAUUGGCGGCCUGUACCUGGGUGAGCUGGUGCGGCAGGUCCUGGCUCACCUGGCCCAGCACGGGGUCCUCUUUGGUGGCUGCACCUCCCGUGCCCUGCUGAGCCGAGGGGGCAUCCUCCUGGAGCACGUGGCCGAGAUGGAGGACGCCUCGGCUGGGGCAGCCCGUGUGCACGCUAUCCUGCGGGACUUGGGCCUGAACGCAGGGGCCUCGGAUGCCGAGCUGGUGCGGCAUGUGUGCACGGCCGUGUGCACGCGAGCCGCCCAGCUCUGCGCCGCUGCCCUGGCCGCCGUCCUCACCCGCCUCCAGCACAGCCGGGAGCAGCAGACGCUUCAGAUCGCUGUGGCCACUGGAGGCCGAGUGUUUGAGCACCACCCCAGGUUCCUCAGUGUCCUGCAGGAGACGGUGACGCUCCUGGCCCCUGAAUGUGAUGUCUCCUUUAUCCCUUCUGUGGACGGGGGCGGCCGGGGUGUGGCAAUGGUGACCGCGGUGGCUGCCCGCCUGGCUGCCCACCGGCGCCUAUUGGAGGAGACCCUGGCACCGUUCCGGUUGAACCGCGAGCAGCUGGCAGUGGUGCAGGCACAGAUGCGGGAGGCCAUGGUCAAGGGGCUCCAAGGGGAGGCCUCCUCCCUCCGAAUGCUGCCCACUUAUGUCCGGGCCACUCCUGAUGGCAGCGAGCGGGGGCACUUCCUGGCGCUGGACCUUGGAGGCACCAACUUCCGAGUCCUCCUGGUACAUGUGGCCGCAGAAGGCGUGCAGAUCACCAACCAGGUCUAUUCCAUCCCUGAGAGUGUGGCUCAGGGCUCUGGGCAGCAGCUCUUUGACCACAUCGUGGACUGCAUCCUGGACUUCCAGCAGAAGCAGGGCCUGAGCGGGCAGAGCCUCCCCCUGGGUUUCACCUUCUCCUUUCCGUGCAGGCAGCUUGGCCUGGACCAGGGCAUCCUCCUGAACUGGACGAAGGGUUUCAAUGCAUCAGACUGUGAGGGCCAAGAUGUCGUGCGUCUGCUGCGGGAAGCCCUUAAGCGCAGACAGGCAAUGGAGCUGAAUGUCGUUGCCAUUGUCAAUGACACAGUGGGAACCAUGAUGUCCUGUGGCUAUGAGGACCCCCGUUGUGAGGUCGGCCUUAUUGUUGGAACCGGCACCAAUGCCUGCUACAUGGAGGAGCUCCGGAACGUGGCAGGAGUGGCUGGGGACCUAGGCCACAUGUGCAUCAACAUGGAGUGGGGCGCCUUUGGGGAUGAUGGCUCUCUGGACACGCUCAGCACCUGCUUCGAUGCAAGUGUGGACCAGGCAUCCAUCAACCCUGGCAAACAGAGGUUUGAGAAGAUGAUCAGUGGCAUGUACCUGGGGGAGAUCGUCCGCCACAUCCUCUUGCAUUUGACCAGCCUUGGAGUUCUCUUCCGGGGUCAGCAGACCCAGAGCCUUCAGACCAGGGACAUUUUCAAGACCAAGUUUCUGUCUGAGAUUGAAAGUGACAGCCUGGCCCUGAGGCAGGUCCGAGCCAUCCUUGAGGAUCUGGGGCUGCCCCUGACCUCGGAUGAUACCCCGAUGGUCCUGGAGGUGUGCCAGGCUGUGUCCCAGCGGGCAGCCCAGCUCUGUGGGGCAGGUGUGGCUGCCGUGGUGGAGAAGAUCCGUGAGAACCGGGGCCUGGAAGAGCUGACUGUGUCUGUGGGAGUGGAUGGGACCCUCUACAAGCUGCACCCCCACUUCUCUUGCCUGGUGGCGGCCACUGUGCAGGAGCUGGCCCCUCGCUGUGCAGUCACCUUCCUGCAGUCGGAGGAUGGGUCGGGCAAAGGUGCAGCCCUGGUCACUGCCGUUGCCUGUCGCCUGGCCAAGCAGACCCGUGUCUGAAGAAGUCUCCAGGAACCAGCUGUGCUGGACCAGGGCUGGGGCCCCACCUGUGCCCCAGCCAGGCUCAGCCACCCAGGACUCCCAGAACAGCCCAUGUGUGACCCCUCUGUGGCCACUGACCUCAAGUUCUGGCUUCCCCGAGAGAAGCAGCACUUGGGUUAGCAAUAUAUAUAUAAUUUAUUUACA